UAUGAUGUCCUACUGAAAGAGGCCAAUAAUACACGGAAAGUGUUGAUUAAGAAAGUAGAAGAAAUUUUGGAGAACAUCAACAAGAGCGCAGAAGCUGGCGAAGUACCUAAGAUUACGAUUAGGAACCAGAGGCUUUGGAGCAAUUGCAUUUACAAUUUGGACAGAGUUACAUUGAAAUCUGAAAUAGAUGCAAAGAAAACAACUGUAACCUACAAUAGCAAAGAAGACAGAUCAAAAUUCAACACCAUGGUUUUCGUUUUAACAAAAGUCCAUGAGUUGUUGUCGAAAAAUAUUACAGUUACGAGACGAGAACUUUUCUACCAAAACGUAACUCGUUUUAGAAUUCAAACAAACUUGGACGUGGCAGUAAGAGACGUAUGUUGUCUUCUGGAAACUCCGCCAUGGAAUCUCGGAAUUGUGGCCACGGCUAAAGGACUGAUUGCGGGCCCUCUUACCAUGCAUUAUGCGGAUGGAAGCAUGCUUGACUGCGCGACCUUGGGAGGAAUGCUGAUACCGCAAGACAUCGUUGGGAUCAAGGAAUUCAGAUCAACUGCUAAAUACAUCCUGGUAGUGGAGAAAGAUGCAGUCUUCCAGAAGUUACUGGACGAAGGAGUUCUUGUUAGAUUAGGGCCGGUUAUACUUAUGACGGGUAAAGGGUACCCCGACGUGUGUACGCGGCAGCUAUUGUGCAGACUUCGCUCAGAGCUGCAAUUGAAUGCGCUAGCGCUGGUAGAUGCCGAUCCACACGGCUUUGAGAUUUUCCUCACUUACAAAUAUGGAUCUUUGGCUCAGUCACACCUGUCUUCCGCUUUGGCAUGUUCAUCACUCCGACUGCUUGGCGCGCUGCACAGUGACGUCACGACUCUAGCCCCAACCGCUGCUCGUCUAACUCUGACUGACAUCGACAAACGGAAGUUGAAGUCGUUGAUCAGUAGACCCUACUUAGAUACUGCUGCCGGAUCGCGCAUAAAAGAAGAAUUGAAUGUAAUGCUGAGGAGUGGAAUCAAAGCGGAGAUAGAAGCUCUUGCACCGACGGCAGCCGCGCUUUGCGACGCUUAUUUGCCAGCCAAACUUAUUCAUGGCGAUUAUCUAGGAUAG